CCGAUAGUAGUUAGUGUAAUAAAGAGUUUAUUUUUCUAAUGGCGAUGAAAUACUUUAUACUACACUCUACAUGAACAUCACCACAAAUGGUGACCCGGAUAAGAAAUCACGCAUCUCUUUUGAUUUAAUUGGAUUAAUAUUAUCUUACUAAGUUUCGUUUUGAAACGAAAGCGCACUUCAUGAUGGAGGAAAUCUCAGCUGUGAAGAUGCCUAACUUCAUUCCGUCCGACCCUUCACUUUGGUUUACGAUGGUAGAGUCAACAUUUGAAUUGGCUAUUCCAAAGGCAAUUACAGCUUCUCGCACUAAAUUCAACUACUGCGUGAGCACCUUGCCUCCAGAAAUCGCAAUAACUGUGCGCGAUAUCAUUCUUUCGCCAGAUGCAACUGACCCUUACAGCCAACUUAAAUCUGAGAUAAUUUCCCGAUGCGGAGAAUCAAAAUCUCAGGAAAUUCGUAAGUUAUUGGCUGGAGAGCAGUUGCAUGAUAGAAAGCCGUCCGAGCUGUUAAGAAUUAUGCAAAGACGUGCCGAAAGUCACAAUAUUGCCGAUUCUCUCUUACUGGAAUUAUUUCUUCAGCAACUACCAUCUAAUGUGCAAUCGAUUCUUGCCUCAAUACAACCUUUGACACCUCAAAAAGCCUCUGAAAUAGCCGACAAAAUACUGGAUAUAACACCAAACCAGGUAAGUGCUGUUUCAAAUGCAACUGCUACAGCUGAUUCUGAACUGUUAUCAGAAAUUAAAAUGUUGCGUAAAGAAAUUGCACAGAUGCGUCGCCAUUCCAGAAGUCAUUCACGGAAUCGCCAACCUCGUUUUCGACGGAAAAGCCCUGCCAGUAAUGAUGAUAUCUGUUGGUAUCAUCGGAAGUACGACUCCAAAGCACAAAAAUGCAUUCCGCCUUGCAAUUAUCAGCCAAAUCACAACGGCAAGGAGUAGCGGCGACAUACGCCUCGCCCAGUAGUUCUCGUCGCCUUUUUGUUCGCGAUAGAAAAUCAAAUGUAAAUUUUCUUGUUGACACUGGCAGUGAUUGUAGUUUGAUUCCUGCGACUAGAAAUGAUAAACUGUGUAUUCCGAUUCAAAAAUUCUUUGCAGCAAAUGGUUCCAUCAUAAAUGUUUAUAAACAAAAGUUAUUAUCUUUAGAUUUAGGUUUAAGAAAACAAUUUGUUUAUCCUUUUUAUGUUUGUGAUAU